AUGCUAUGUCUCUUUCUCUUCUCUGUUUUUGCGGGUGCAACUCUCGCUCAAGGGAGCGUUAACAACUCGACCGCCACUACACGAUACGAUUAUAUCGUCGUUGGUGCUGGCGCAUCAGGUAUCAUAGUCGCAGAUCGCCUGUCUGAAGCAGGGAAAAAUGUCCUUCUGAUAGAAAGGGGUGGGCCUAGUACAUUAGCAACAGGAGGCACUGAAGUACCACCCUGGCCAAGCAAGACGAAUCUCACAAGAUUUGACAUACCUGGCUUGUACGAAUCGAUCGUUUCCACUGCACCCGCAUACUGGUGGUGUGAUGAUAUCCAGGCUGGUGCAGCGUGCCUCAUUGGGGGUGGGACGGCUGUCAAUGGACUGCUUUACUGGUAUCCGACCGAUGCAGAAUGGGAUACCUCGAAUGGUUGGCCGAAAGGGUGGCAACAACCAAACGCCGCGCUUAACAAGGUCAAAGCAAGACUACCCUCAACAGACAUACCGUCGACAGAUGGGAAACGUUAUCUCACUCAAGUAUAUGAUGUUGUUAAAUCCAUUUUGAAGACGCAGAACUACUCUGCGAUUACCAUCAAUGAGGAUCGUAACUCGAAGAACCGUAUUUAUGGUCAUCCGAACUACUAUAUCCAAGAUGGAAAACGUACAGGCCCGAUGGAUACAUAUCUCAAGACGGCCAGGGCUCGAUCCAACUUCAAGCUCAUCACCAACACCAAGGUUCUCUCUGUCAUUCGCAAUGGCGCUCAGAUCACAGGUGUUCAGACCAAUGAUAACUCCCUCAACGGAAAUGGAAUCAUUCAACUCACCUCAAAGGGCCGAGUCAUUCUAUCUGCAGGUGCUUUCGGAACGGCAAAGAUUCUGUUCGGGUCAGGCAUUGGUCCAUCGGACCAAAUCGCUCUCAUAGUGGGAACUCUGCUCUGUCCAAGCACCUUCCACCUUCGUCGCAGUACAUCAAUCUUCCGCGUCGAUUGGUACGAUAAUUUUGCACCAAUAUGGUCAAAUCCGCGUGUUUCGGACGCAAACCAGUAUGUGCGAGAUCGCUCAGGUGUUUUUGCCGGUUCGUCUCCUCGGAUCAACUUUUGGCGUCAAUACAACGGGUCGGACGGCAAGACCCGUUAUGUACAGGGGACAUCGCGCCCAGGUGCUUGGGGAGUUUCAACGAUAUACCCCUACAAUGUUACAUCACAGUUCGUUAUAACUUUGUAUCUUGCCACCGGUCUUACUUCGACCGGAAGGAUCGGCAUGAAAGAUACGUCUCUGGCUAUGAGUCCGAUUGUCAAGCCAUGGUUCACCGACCCUGUUGACAAAGCGGUGAUGAUCAAUGCAAUGAACGAUAUACUGUCCACGUACAAACAGGUCCCCGACCUUGUUUUGGUGGCUCCUGACAAUGUUACUUCUAUCGAUCGCCAUAUUGCUCAGGUGCUGCAUACACCCAACCACUGGACUGGCUCAACCAGGAUCGGGACAAGCUCUUCCGACUCGGUCGUCGAUACAACUACCAAAGUGUGGGGAACUGAUAAUCUGUUUGUCGUUGAUGCAGGUAUCAUGCCUGGUAUGACGGCGGGCAACCCCCAGGGCGCAAUUUUUGUGAUGGCGGAGAAUGCAGUGGCGAAGAUUAUAGCACUAGCUGGAGGUCCUUAA